CGGAGAGAGCUCCCGCCCGCCCGGCUCCGCUCCAGCUCCAGCUCCGGCUCCGGCCCGGGCUCGACCCGCUCAGUUCCCGCUCGGCCCCGGCGCGCACCUGCCGGCUGCGGCCUGGGAGCCAUGCGGAGACCCUCCAGGAGGCCCGCGGCCCGGUGCAACGUGUAGCUGAGAUCGCCAAGGGCUGCGCAGCGGGGCCAGCGGCACCAUGGAGACCCCAUAUUCGAUGUCUGCGCACUACGACGAGUUCCAGGAGGUCAAAUACGUGAGCCGCUGCGGCACCGGAGGGGCACGCGGGGCCUCGCUGCCCCCUGGCUUCCCGCUGGCCGCGGGGCGCAGCAGCACAGGGGCCCGGGCGGGGCUGCCUCGCUGGAACCGGCGCGAGGUGUGCCUGCUGUCGGGGCUGGUGUUCGCCGCCGGCCUCUGCGCCAUCCUGGCCGCCAUGCUGGCGCUCAAGUACCUGGGCCCCGGCGCCGCAGGCGGCGGCGGGGGCGCCUGCUCCGAGGGCUGCCCCGAGCGCAAGGCCUUCGCGCGCGCCGCGCGCUUCCUGGCAGCCAACCUGGACGCCAGCAUAGAUCCGUGCCAGGACUUCUACUCCUUCGCAUGCGGGGGCUGGCUGCGGCGCCAUGCCAUCCCCGACGACAAGCUCACCUAUGGCACCAUCGCGGCCAUCGGCGAGCAGAACGAGGAGCGCCUAAGGCGUCUGCUUGCGCGGCCCGGGGGUGGGCCGGGGGGGGCCGCCCAGCGCAAGGUGCGGGCCUUCUUCCGCUCGUGCCUCGACAUGCGCGAGAUCGAGCGGCUUGGUCCGCGGCCCAUGCUCGAAGUCAUCGAGGACUGCGGGGGCUGGGACCUGGGCGGCGCCGCUGAGCGCCCCGGGGCCGCAGCGCUCUGGGACCUCAACCGGCUGCUGUACAAGGCCCAGGGCGUGUACAGCGCGGCCGCGCUCUUCUCGCUCACCGUCAGCCUGGACGACAGGAACUCCUCGCGCUACGUCAUCCGCAUUGACCAGGAUGGGCUCACUCUGCCCGAGAGGACCCUGUACUUAGCUCAGGAUGAGGAGAGUGAGAAGAUCCUGGCAGCAUACCGGGUGUUCAUGGAGCGCCUGCUCAGCCUGUUGGGGGCUGAGGCUGUGGAGCAGAAGGCAGCAGAGAUCCUGCAGCUGGAGCAGCGGCUGGCCAACAUCACAGUGUCGGAGUACGAUGAGCUCCGGCGAGAUGUCAGUUCCACGUACAACAAGGUGACGCUGGGAGAGCUGCAGAAGAUCACCCCCCAUCUGCAGUGGAAGUGGCUGCUGGACCAGAUCUUCCAGGAGGACUUCUCGGAGGAUGAGGAGGUGGUGCUGUUGGCCACAGACUACAUGCAGCAGGUGUCCCAGCUCAUUCACUCCACACCCCGCAGGAUCCUGCACAACUACCUGGUGUGGCGUGUAGUCGUGGUCCUGAGUGAGCACCUGUCACCGCCAUUCCGUGAGGCACUGCAUGAGCUGGCCCGCGAGAUGGAGGGCAGUGACAAGCCACAGGAGCUGGCCCGUGUCUGCCUGGGCCAGGCCAACCGCCACUUUGGCAUGGCACUCGGAGCCCUCUUUGUACACGAGCACUUCUCAGCUGCCAGCAAGGCCAAGGUGCAGCAGCUUGUGGAAGACGUCAAGUACAUCUUGGGACGGCGCCUGGAGGAGCUGGACUGGAUGGAUGCCGAGACCAAGGCAGCUGCUCGGGCCAAGCUCCAGUACAUGAUGGUGAUGGUGGGCUACCCGGACUUCCUGCUCAAACCAGAGGCUGUGGACAAGGAGUACGAGUUUGAGGUCCACGAGAAGACCUACUUCAAGAACAUCUUGAACAGCAUCAGGUUCAGCAUCCAGCUCUCAGUCAAGAAGAUCCGGCAGGAGGUGGACAAGUCCACAUGGCUGCUCCCGCCGCAGGCCCUGAAUGCCUAUUACCUACCUAACAAGAACCAGAUGGUGUUCCCCGCAGGCAUUCUGCAGCCCACGCUCUAUGAUCCUGACUUUCCACAGUCUCUGAACUACGGGGGCAUUGGCACCAUCAUCGGACAUGAGCUGACCCAUGGCUACGACGACUGGGGGGGCCAGUAUGACCGCUCGGGCAACCUGCUGCACUGGUGGACAGAGGCCUCCUACAGCCGCUUCUUGCGCAAGGCGGAGUGCAUCGUCCACCUGUACGACAAUUUCACAGUCUACAACCAGCGGGUGAACGGGAAGCACACCCUUGGUGAGAACAUCGCAGACAUGGGUGGCCUCAAGCUGGCCUAUUAUGCCUAUCAGAAGUGGGUACGGGAGCACGGCCCGGAGCACCCACUGCACCGGCUCAAGUACACACACAACCAGCUCUUCUUCAUUGCCUUUGCCCAGGUGCUGACGGACAAGCAUGCCCCUGAGCACUACAGGGUACUGGGUAGCGUGUCCCAGUUCGAGGAGUUCGGCCGGGCCUUCCACUGCCCCAAGGACUCACCCAUGAACCCAGCCCACAAGUGUUCAGUGUGGUGAGCCUGGCUGUCCGCCCGUCCUCACCACCUGCCCUGCACAAGUCGCCUCCCUGCCAGCUGCCGGGGCAGGCAUGGACCCGGUGCCGGCCUGCUGUGGGUGCCACCCGCCUUCUCAGCCCCUCUGGGACCUGGCCUUCUUGCUGUCCUUUGCUUCAGGAGGGGCCUGGAGCAGGCAUGACAUUGGGCUCCAGGAGGGCGUCGGGCAGAGAUGCUGGGGUCCCCAGCUUGGCUCUAAGGAGCCAGCCCAUCCCCCAACACCGGCCAGGCCGGAUCAUACAUGCCCCACCUUCACUGUGUUCUCGCUGCCAAGUCUGGUCAAUAAAGUGCUGUACCAUCGCCUCGGUUC